UCACUAUGCAUAUUCUUGUGAUACUAUCGUCAGUUGCCAGAGCUUCUGCCUAUUGUCAAUUCUCGCCUCAAAGGAAACGGCUGGGGCUAGGCCUCGAUUGUGAAAGCCCUUGAUAAUAGAAUCUUUCUGGUGGUUUAAUACACUGAUGAGUUUCGACAUAUUUUCACUCAGCUUCUCAGUAUAUUUGCCUUCUUUCUCAGGAGAUAAUACAUAAAUCGAAAGCUAUAUGUUUACUCAGUAAUAAUCGAUAGUAGAGCAACAAGGCCUUGUUGUUCUUGUCUCCUACAACCCAACUUCACGAGGAUCACGAAGAUGAGUUUCGAUCAAGCUCUUAUUUUUGUUUAUUAUUUAAAUAAGCUAGAUUUCUCUCUGGUGAACAUUAUUCAUCCUUCCCUCACCUUUCCUCUAAAUUCUCCCUCCAUACCUCACUCCCCUCCUCCUCCUCCUCGCCUCUUUCCUUCACCAUCUCCUGCUUUGCUGGCAGUCUCAUCUGCUAUGCAAACUUGAGCUUAAUAACAGGCUAUCAAUCCUGAACUCAAUAUUGCUUCAUUUAUAUUUGCUUCCUACUAUUGACCAUGGAGGACCCGUUCCGAAAGCCCUCACCCCAGGGCUCUGUCAUUCGCAUCGAUCCUUGCGGCGACCUCCGCUUCAAGAUCACUCAGAAGGAUAACGAGGUGGUCUUCAUCGUCUGCUCCAAGACCUUGCGACGAUCAUGGAAGUCCUUGGAGUGGUACCACAGUCCUCAAGAAUGGACUCACGGUGCAAUUCAGAUGCCAUUCCACAACACCGAUGCCGUAGCCAUCAUUCUGCGCAUUAUUCACUCUCAGUUCGCCAAUAUUCCGGAAGCAUUGGAUGUCAUGGACUUCUAUGAUCUUGCUUUACUAACUCAUAAGUUCGAUCUUGCGCACCUUUUGCGCCCUUGGGCCAAGCGCUGGUUCCAAAAGAUGGAAGAUAUGAACAGUUUCGUCGGUGAACGCCUUUGGAUUGCCUGGGAGUUGGGACACUGUAACCUUUUCACGAAGCUCGUUCGCCAGGUCAUCUUCGAGCGCGCCAGUCCCGCCCAGCCGGAGUACACUCGAGCACUCAUGCCCAUUGGCGUUCAUGACUUCAUUGACCGUGCUCGUCGAGAUGCCAUUUCGCUUCUCCUUAUGACACCUUGUAACUUCAUCCGUCACCUGCUGACUAGCCGUCGCUGCUUCCGAGAGAGCAACAACGAAUGUGACCGCUACAUGACGGAAAGCAUGGUUCAAUCGCUCACCGUCAUGGGACUCUAUCCUCUUCCACCUAUCCACCAGGUCAAGAUGAGCGUCUUUGAGUUGUACUCCAAGCUCGCCCUGGUUGAGGUCCGAGGCAAGGGAUAUAUGCACACUUGUGAAUCUAUCAAGAUGGUCCCCGAGUCCGCCAUGGCAGACUUGGGACGUCUAUUCACUAUCCCCGCCGUCAUGAAGCAUCAGCUAAAUGAGAGGGCGGAAAAGACUGGAAUGCCAACCAACGACUUUUAAGUCCACGGCAGGCUCUUAAUACCUGUAUACUUACAUGCCUACCUACCUAGGGUGCGUACUUAAGAUGGCAGAACCAGAACACGAAAUGAAGAAGAGAGGUAUGCUGAUCAAGGAAUCAUUUGUAUCAUGGACUAGGAAGAGGGGAUAUUAAGGGUGUUUCUGAAGCCAUUACCUGGCGUCAAUCAGGAUGGCUCAACUUGCCAUACCAGAGACAUUUCCUCGGACGGUUUAACCCUCCUCUUGUAUCAAUUAAUUAGUCUAGGUAGUUACUGUACCACUUCGUAUGCUUUACAUGAACGAAUAUGCCCCAAACACAACCUAUGUUCUCUCCCACAGCGCUUAGCAUCUUAAAUUGCAUCGUAGGAACCUAGUAGUAAAGCCCUCAAUUUCCCUUUCCUUUUCCUUAACCACUCACACCCUUACCCUCAACCCCCGUAGCCGUAGCCGUAGCCGUACCUCCCUUAUCCCUCUCCAUGCACCGCAACGCCUCCCCCGCCGCCCUCUUCGUAGCAUCAUCAUCCUCUUGCUCUCCCUCUCUCCCCUG